AAUCCAUUGUUUUCUUUUCUCGGAAAGUGCCCUAACUGGUUUGAAGUGAUGGAGGAACCGAAAGGCAUUGUGAAGCACAUUUUGCUGGCGAAAUUCAAAGAUGGAAUCCCAGAGGAACAAAUCGACCAACUCAUCAAGGGAUAUGCCAAUCUCGUCAAUCUCAUUGAACCUAUGAAGGCUUUCCAGUGCGGCAAGGAUGUUAGCAUUGAAAAUCUACACCAAGGUUUCACUCACGUCUUUGAAUCCACAUUUGAGAGUACAGAAGGCAUAGCAGAAUACGUAUCUCAUCCAGCGCAUGUGGAAUUCGCAAAUUUGUUCCUUGCAUCCUUGGACAAAGUUGUCGUCAUCGACUACAAAGCGACCAUAAUUCAUAGCUAAUUUGGAGCCUAAAAUUAUGGCUGCUUUAUACUGUCUUGUGGCAUAAAUAAAUGUAAGCCCUUUUUCCACCAUAAUCUUAGAUGAUGGUUCUACUUGAAGGCUUUGUUAUUAUCAAUUUAUUUGUAUACACUGUUCUGUUGCUUGGUUAUCAAAGUGAUUGCUUGGGUUUCUAA